CUGAAGUUGGGGCAGUCUGACUGUCAAACAGCGACUGAAACAUACUGACACACUGCGCUGUGAACACUCAACAACCACUUCUGGAGGAAGGAUUUGUGGAGUCUCUGUGAGGAUCAACAUGUUGUAGACGAGACUGUUAGUGCCCGACAGACUUUCUAGUGACCAAGGACACUUCAGCAAAAGAGACUGUGGUGGUGACCAAGCUGAAACCUGAACACUGCUGACUUCUUUGUAUGCUGUCCGAACAUGCUGUACCUAAAGAAAUACUUCACUGAGGGUCUUAUCCAGAUGGCCAUCCUUCUCAGCCUGUGUGGAGUGAGGGUUGAUGUGGGACUGGAGCCCUACCUGCCUCCAUCCUUGCACGAGAUGAUCCUGGGUCCGACCUGGGCACUCACCCAAACGCAGUUCCACAACCUCCGUAAUCGCCUGGAGGACGGCCAUGACCUGCACCCAAAGAGUGUGGAUCUGGAUGGGUUCUUCACGACACGAAGGCUGCUGGGCUGGGUCCACUCUCUGGACAGACUACAGGUUCCUCAUGCAGAGCUGGAGACGUGGCUGGUCCAGCGGGAGCCAGAUCCUCUGCCAGUGGAGAGAGCUCCUGCUGUGGUAGAGAGAAACCAAACUGCCCCGCCUGCAGAGACCAGAGCUGGACUUGGUAUGCUUGAAGAAGAAGAGGAUGAUGAUAAUAAAGAGGAAGGAACACAUAAUGUACUUCAUCACAUUGCUGCUAUGGAUGACAGAGAAGAGGAAGAGGAGGAGGAGGAAGAGGAGGAGGAAGACCUGGCCAGGAUGCACAGACGUCACUGGAGGGGAGAGGGCGGAGAAAGACCACAAGGUUCUGACCAACAUGCUAACAACAGAGAGCUGACUCAAAAUGAAGUAGACCAGACCUCUUUCUCCCUCCAGGAGUGUUUGAGGCUAUUGGAUGAAACAUUUCCCUUCUCAGAGGAACAACAGUUAUGUGAUGUUGGUGGUAGAAGGGGAGACCUAGAGCAUCAGCUCCCAGGCAGGGAGCCCCAGUUGUCCCCCAUCAUCCCAACCGAUAACCCUUCCUUGGACCUGCAGCUCCAUUGGCUGGAUCUUUUGGCUGUCAUGGAGCCUGAGAACACAGAUGUUGACAUGAUGACAUCAUUUGACCAUGCCCUGGAUUCAAGACCAUAUAGGAUCUUUAACGGUGUUAGGCCUGAAUCUCUGCAACAAAACUCUAACAACCAUGACAACGGCUUAACAGAGACUGAUCAGGAAGUCCCUCUUAUGGUGGCUCCCCUGCAGCAUGGCCAUUCAGAGGUAGAGCCAGCCCUGCUUCCCCUCACCCCCAGUGCAGAGCUGGAUGACCACAGUUCAGCGUUGAGCACAAGAGACACAAACUCCCAUGUAAAUCCCACGCACAGUCUUCCAGACCACAUGCGUCUGUUUGCAGAGGAUCCAUCAGAAGACUUCUCCAUGGGACUAAAUGAAGACAAGAACUCGAGUACCUUCAACAUGAAUCUGCUAACAGAAGAUCCUGUGGAUAACAUGGAAAGCAGCCUGUGUUCACGGUAUGCUCCCUGCCCUGAAAACCUUGCUAGUUUUGAUGUUAACUUUCAGUCGAGUGACUUAACACCUUCCAGCUCUUCCCCAUCUCUGGAGGAGAAAGAUAUGGCCCAAAACCUUUCAAAAUCUCCUUCUGGCAUCUUUCUGGUUGACGAGGAGGAGGAUGUUGAGGAUGAAGAUGGUCUCCCUAGCCCACUUAGUGACCUCUUAGAGGAUGCUGCCAUCCUGGACGAGAUCAGAUUGUUGGACCUGGCCCUGGAAGAGGGAUUCAGUCCUGAGAUGGCGGCCAGGCUGGAAGAAGAGGGCUAUCUUGAUCGUGAAAUAACCCAUCAGGAACCUAGCCAGUUCAACCACAAAAUCACCAGCAACGAAGAGAGAGAAGAUAACCACUCUGGCAUGGCGGUGACAGAAGCACAGGGUCAACCAAGGAGACAUCAGCAAGACGGUGAGGAUGAGGCAGACUCAGACUCUGGUCUCUCUCUGGACUUCAGCCACAGCCCUGCUUCUCCAUGCACUUCUGAGGCCUCCUCGUAUUCCUCUUCCUCCUCCUCUUCCUCAACCUCUUCUUCAUCUUGUGUGUCAGCUGUGGGAAGUCCCUUCUCUGAAGACGAGGACGAAGAUGCUGAGGACAUGUUAGUUGGUUCAGAUAUGGAAUUGGAGGUAACAAUAAAGCAGGAGGAGCAGGAAGAGGAGGAAAUGGGGGCAGUAGGGGGAGGCUACUCUGAAGAUAUGAACAAACUCUUCCCUUCCAACUAUGGGGAUCACAAGCUGUUCAAUGCCUUUCCGUGGCUGGAGCAUAUCGACCACGAUCACACCUACAACCAGCCCUUGUCGUCUGCCUCCUCUGUACACCUGGGCAAGAUGACCACCAAACACACCAAAUCCUCCCUGCGACAUGAUAACAACAACCCUUACCACCGCUCCUCUUCCAGACACAUCACUGAGAGCAAAAUGUGGAGCCGGGAUGAAUGGCGUGCACAAGCCCUGAAGAUUCCCUUCUCCAAUGAGAUGAUUGUUAAUCUGCCAGUGGAGGAGUUCAAUGAGCUACUGGCCAAUUACCAGCUCAAUGAGGAGCAGCUUACCCUGGUCAGGGACAUACGACGCCGCGGAAAGAACAAGAUAGCUGCUCAGAACUGCAGGCAGAGGAAACUGGGCAUGCUUCUGGGACUGGAGGAGGAUGUAUCAGGUUUGAGGCGCCACCGUUCACGGCUGCUCCGAGAGAAACAGGAGGCCCUGAGGAAUCUGCAGGAAAUGAAACGUAGACUGAGUAUGUUGUACAGGGAAGUCUUUUCCAGGCUGAGGGACGAGGAGGGGAGGCCACUGGACACUGCAGAGCACAUGCUUCAUUUUGGGCCAAAUGGUAGUGUCAUGGUGGCUCCUCGCCAACAAGGGGCAGAGCUGCCACUGACAGGUGAAAAAAGCAGCAAGAAACAGAGGGGCAAGAAAAAGUGAGGAUGAGGAGAUGCCAGGAAUAUUUUCACAAAAUGUUUUAGACAUUUGGAAACGUAGGGAGGAUAAAGAGAUCCCUUAACAGAUAGUGUUAUUCCAACACAGGUGUGUGAUCAAAACCACAAAAAAAAAAGCAGAAAAUAGUGAUGCAGUGGUGAAUGACGGAACACAGAAAUUGUGCAUCUGGUGUCAAUGGCAGGUGCAGAGUCUCCAAAGAACUACAAAAUCCUCAAACUCCAAAACAGAUUUCGUGGGCAGGGAUUUUUCUAUUUAAGGAAUUGAUAGAUUAAUGGAUUGAUGGAAGGAUGUCUGGACAGAGGAAAUCAGGACAGAAGAAAGAGGAAUUAUUUGAAAGAGGAUGUGAUUAUCAUGUUGAAGAUAAGAAAACUUCAACUCCGGGAUGUGGUGCUCUCCAUUCUUCAUUGUAAGCAUUUUCUACACUGAAAAAGGACUUGAAUACAACACUUGUUAAGCCCAAACAUCUCAGAGGUCAUUCUAGACUGUUAGUACGUAGUGGAAUUAAAACAACAGAUAGAUGAAGUGGGACCACAGUCUAAAAUGCUAGUUCAGUGCCUAUGUAAAAACCUGCUUUCUCUUACAUCAGCCACCUCAGAGACUGGGCAACAAACUGACAGCAGGCUGGAUCCUUGCUGUUAGCUAAGCCAAACAGACACUACAAUGACUCUGAGCCAGCAAGGAAUGGUUGCUGGUACACAGGAAGGGAAGUUGUGAUAAUGGCAGUUUGGAGAUCAUCUGGUAGGAGUGGGGUGUCUCACUCAAAGACACCUCAGCAGGAUAAAGACUUGAGUUCAUGGGGAUCACACCUGGGUAUGUUCAGUUUCCAUUUGGUGCAGUAACCACAUGCCACCCUCUUGCCAAAAUGAACAUUGCUAUUCACCAAAACUCCAAGACAUUAGGCACCAUCUCCAGCAGAACCUUUUCAGAUCAUAGCAAGAGAGGAAAUUUGCCACCUUGGCCACUUCCUUGGACAUCUUGGAAUAACAUGAAGUAUGUAGACUGGCAGUUGUCCUGGAAAUGGACCCUUCUUUUCAGAGUGCCCCUCCUACCACUAAACCAACUUAGAAGGUGUCAGGGACAGUAUAUAAGCUAAGCUUUUUGUCUCUUUAAAGGAAAAGUUGAUAAGAAUAAAAUAAGAACAAAUAGAUAAUAUAAUAUGCUUGAUUUGCUGGAAAGGGAACUUGUUGCUUAGGGAUUUUUAAGGCUUCAUGGAUGUUUAAAUAACACUGAGCAGACUGCAACAAACUGAUUGUGGAAUAGCUCUUUUUAUCCAUAAGUGGUGCAUGUAU